CAUGAACAACGCCGCGUUUAUCGAGGACUGGAAUAGCAUUAUUCCGUUCAAAAUCAAGGCAUCCGAUUUGGAGUCUCCAACGGAACAUUUUCUGUUCAAGUGUGUUUUAAACAUCUUCAAGCUGAUGCACUACGAUGUGUCCAGCUACGAAAACAUGUUUAGCGAGCCGAUUGAAAAGUUAACCAUGAGACGGGUGGAGUUUGUUACUCGUAUAAACUACAUUUACCAGCUGUGUUCCGACUCGAAGCAAACAUCCUUCUUCUACGUCGACCUGGUGAAACCAACCGCCAAAAAAGUAAAGCAUUUACUGAAAAUUCUUCUCAACUACCUGUUUUACAUAAACAUGGUGAAGGAAACCGUGCUGGAAAAGGCCAAUCAUUGCACGGAGAAGUACUUUGAGCUGAACGCCAAACUGAAUCAAGAGCAGAUCCUAAAGGAAGCCAACAAAAUCAAAGUUAGCAACAUGGAUCGCGAUAUAGACAAAAUGAAGAACCGGCUUCCUAUGAUCAGUCAGCAAAUCGAAGAACUGCACGAGACUCAGAAGUCGUUGCGCGGCAAACUGGCCCUCUUCGAGGUAAAGGAUCAUGAGUUGGGUGAAAAGGUCAUCCGUCUCAAAAUGCACCACCUACAUUUGAGUGACAAGAAGAUAACGGACGAUGAAGCAGUAGCACUGAUCGAGAAAAAUGAGAGUCUUGAACAAGAAAUGGGGAUUCUGACGGAAAAAGAGAAACAACUUCAAGAAACCAACGUUAUUCACGUGGAAUCAAUCAACCAGAUACGCCCAUGCGUUGGACAGAUUGAAAAACUGUUACAAACCGAGUUCGAUGGUUCAUACAUAUCUCUUCGGGCGGAAUUGGAGGAGCUAACACUGGAGUACGAUAAGACACAAGGCAAAAAAGCAAACAUGGAAUGCAUUUCUGAAGGCUUGGCGAAAACUUGCGAGAAAAUAGAAGCAUACAUAGCCGAGAAACGAAACGAACUAAUGGUGCGCAACAAGGUUCUUGGAAAGAGUGAAAAGAAAGAGCAGAAUAAACUGCAGUCGUUAACAAUGGAGUUGCAGCAACUGACAGAGGCUAAGCAGCUCUUUGUUGAAAUGAUGGAAAAAGGGAAAAUGGAUCUAGAAAAAAUUGUUGCCGUUGCAAAUGAGACAUUGUAUCGUAUUGAUCCAACAAAUGGGAAAAUGUCUCACACACAGUGAAAGGUAAUUCAAAGGAAGUCGUGCGUAUACAUUAUGUUAAAUGAAGCCACACAUUGUACA